CCAUUUUCAACGACUCAUCUCUGGUUUUCAUUUUUAAAUUGAUAAAAUGAUCACACCGACGGUGGCAUUCACGUAAAUUAUUAAACAUUCGUGCCCAUUCUCACAAGUUUCAGUGUAUAAACCCGACACACGACUGUUUUUCUUCUUCUAUCCUCCCUUGACAGUCGCAGCCCAAGAGCGAUUGUUGUGGAUUCCCUUUCCUUCCCAUCUUCUUCUUUCUCACAUUUCAUACCAGACCAAUGGGCUCCAUUACCCGUGCCGCCCCCUGCUUCGCUACCCUCUUCCUCCUCCUCCUCCUCCUCCUCCUAGGACAAUGUCUCUCGGAGACAGCCAGGCGGACCUACAUAGUCCACAUGAAUCCCCAUGCCAAACCCUCUUCCUUCUCCACCCACCAUGAUUGGUACUCUGCCAGUCUCCACUCUCUCUCCUCUUCCUCUUCCUCCGACUCUCUCCUCUACACCUACACUGCCGCCUUCCAUGGCUUUGCUGCCUCUCUCGACCCGAUUGAGGCGGAGGCACUCCGUCGAUCCCACUCCGUACUGGGAGUUUACGAGGAAACCGUCUACACUCUCCACACAACGCGAACCCCAGAGUUCUUGGGUCUUGAUACUGACUUCGGGUUGUGGGCCGGGCACAAUGCACAGGACCUUGAUCACGCUUCUUAUGAUGUCAUCAUUGGGGUUCUGGACACCGGGGUCUGGCCGGAGUCUAAGAGUUUCGAUGACUCGGGCAUGCCUGAGAUCCCCUCUAGAUGGCGCGGCGAGUGCGAAUCAGGUUCCGAUUUCAGCCCAUCUCUGUGCAACAAGAAGCUUAUUGGGGCCCGAAGCUUCUCAAGGGGCUACCACAUGGCUGCCGGUGGCAGUUACAUGAAAAAACCCAAGGAAAUCCCAUCGCCCAGAGACGUAGACGGUCACGGCACCCACACUGCCAGCACAGCCGCCGGCGCCGCCGUUUCCAACGCCAGUCUGCUCGGUUACGCAAGCGGGACUGCACGUGGCAUGGCCCCUUAUGCGCGCGUGGCCACCUACAAGGUCUGCUGGGAGACGGGAUGCUUCGGAUCCGACAUUCUCGCGGGUAUGGAGAGAGCCAUACUGGACGGGGUGAACGUGCUCUCGCUCUCUCUUGGUGGUGGAUCUGCUCCUUACUACCGCGACACUAUAGCAAUUGGAGCGUUCAGUGCGAUGGAAAAAGGCAUCUUCGUCUCAUGCUCGGCUGGAAACAGUGGGCCUGGCAGGGCUUCGCUUGCCAAUGUAGCGCCGUGGAUUAUGACCGUCGGAGCCGGGACCCUGGACCGUGAUUUCCCGGCUUACGUUGUGUUGGGCAACAAUAAGCGCUUCACUGGCGUCUCGCUUUAUAGUGGCAAAGGAAUGGGAACCAAACCGGUGGGUCUGGUUUACAGCAAAGGGACAAACAACACGAGCAACCUGUGCUUGCGCGGCUCUCUCGAUCCGGCACUCAUACGUGGGAAGGUGGUAGUCUGUGACAGAGGGAUCAACGCACGUGUGGAGAAGGGAGAGGUUGUGCGCGAUGCUGGUGGGGUGGGAAUGAUAUUGGCGAACACGGCGGCAAGCGGCGAGGAGAUGGUGGCGGACAGUCACUUGUGUCCGGCGGUUGCGGUGGGGAGAAAGGCCGGGGAUAUGAUAAGGGAAUAUGUUAGGUCGAGUGCCAACCCAACGGCUGUAUUGACGUUCGGAGGGACGGUGCUCAACAUCAAGCCGUCGCCGGUAGUGGCAGCGUUCAGCUCGAGGGGACCGAACUUGGUGACGCCGCAGAUCUUGAAACCUGACUUGAUUGGGCCUGGCGUCAACAUCUUGGCCGCUUGGUCGGAGGCCAUUGGACCCACUGGUAUGGACAAGGAUACCAGGAAAACUCAGUUCAACAUCAUGUCAGGUACAUCCAUGUCCUGCCCACACAUCAGUGGUGUGGCAGCACUUCUGAAAGCAGCCCACCCAGAGUGGAGUCCAAGCGCAAUCAAGUCUGCCCUCAUGACCACUGCUUACACCCUUGACAACACCAAAUUCCCACUCAGGGACGCCGCGGGCGGUGGGUUCUCCAACCCCUUCGCUCAUGGGUCAGGUCAUGUUGACCCGCAAAAGGCUCUCAACCCCGGACUCGUUUAUGACAUCUCUACUGAGGAAUAUAUCUCCUUCCUCUGUUCCCUGGACUACACGCUGGAGCACGUGCAAGCCAUUGUCAAGCGGCCCAAUAUCAGCUGCGCAAACAAAUUUGCCGACCCAGGGGAGCUUAAUUACCCUUCCUUCUCAGUCUUGUUCAAUAACAAGAGAGUUGUGAGAUACACUCGUGAGUUGACCAAUGUGGGUUCAGCCAGGUCCAUGUAUAAUGUUAGCGUGUCUGGGCCAUCUUCUGUUGGGAUCAAGGUCAGGCCCACACGGCUCAUGUUCAGAAGUGUGGGAGAGAAGAAGAGAUACACGGUAACCUUUGUGGCAAAGCGAGGUGUAACUCCUACGAGUAGGUCAGAAUUUGGGUCCAUUUCUUGGAUCAAUUCACGACAUCAAGUGAGGAGCCCAGUGUCAUUAGCAUGGACCCAGUUGUGAUCACUUUGUCUGAAACAUCAAAUUUCCAUUUUGGGUUUGUGUUUAUGGGCCUGGCACUUAAUGGGUUUAAGAAGACUGGGUUAAAAAUGGCUCAGACGCAUUGGAUAAGAACAUGCUUCCUCACGGUUUUGCCUUUGAAGGGAAGGCAGCCAGCCAGCCCAGAUAGGUGAAAUUUUUAUUGUAUUGUUUGUUCCUACAACUAAUGUAAUAGGAUGAGUGACAUACCAAUUUAAGAAAUAUUGGUUUUACUUUCACAAGAUAGCAAGAUGUCUCCUGGUAUUUUGUUAUGUUAAGAAAGUAAUAAACAGGUUGGGUUCUUAA